AUGCAAUUCGGUACAUUCUUCUGUGGCAUGCUGCCUCUGCUGGCCAGCGUCCUAGCCACUCCCAUCGACGUCCGAGAGACCACAGACUUGGAGCUCCUCACGACAGACGUCACGCCUUCGUCGCCGCUGCUGAGGCGCGAUUCGUGCCAGACGCUUGACUCGGUGCUGGACCGCAUCGGCACGAGCAGCGAGGUGGUUGUGUACGCCAGCACGGGAGGCCUCACGGCGCUGUACGUGUGCAGGCGUAGCCACGGCCACAACUGCGACGAGCUGGCCGCCGCCAUUGCCGGGGCCAUUGCCAGCGUCUUCCUCAUCCUCAAGCGCACGGGGGCCAUCUCCGCGCGGGACGGCCAGUCCGCCGAGUCGCUGGUGGACUUUCUCCGUCGGGAGUUUGGCGAGGACGGCGCGACAUUCGACUCGAUCGAGGACGCGACGCCGCACAUUCUCGCGCGGUACGAGUCCGGAGAGCGCAGGCCCGUCGAGGUGGCUAGCAUCCAGGGCUUGACGUCGGGCAACAACACCCUCAACAUGGACGUGUACGACUUUGGAAACGGCGACGGCCACAUCUACCUGCCUCACGAUGUCCUGACCAAGCGCAGCGGUGGCGACGACGACCUGGCCUCUCGGUUUGAGAAGCGUGCCGGCGCCCCGGGCUUCAAGGUCUCGUACACCACCCGCAUCAAGUCCAAGCUCACCAGGGCCCAUCAGAUCAGCAUGUCGCAGACGCUCGCUCACUGGUGGGCGAACAGGGCGAAUUGUUGCAACAUGCACGACAUGAUUGGCUUCGUCGAGACCGGCCACGCGGCAAACUUUUACUAUAGGAUCAUUCCGGAAACCGUCAACUUUGGCCUCAAUUACGAGACGGUCGAUUCUUGUGGGCAGAUGGCUCGUUUCCUGUAG